GAGUGUGGGCCCUUGGCUUGGAAUUUUUAAGAGACAAAACCCAAUUGUAGCUCUCCAACAUAUGCGGUCUUUGGUGUGCAUGAUGCCAAUAUAAGAAGUUAAGCAGAUAGAUCUCUCGCCAUAACCCAAUAGCCAACCUAUCUUUGCAAACAUAUCGAUUCAUUAACUUGUUGAAAUCCAAGAUUGAAGUCUCUACUCGAUCAAGAAAGUUUCAAUGGAAACAGCCCACAUAGCCAUUCUACCUUCCCCAGGAAUGGGUCACCUCAUCCCAUUAGCAGAGCUUGCGAAGCGACUCAUCGAACAUCACAACCUCUCUAUUACAAUCAUUAUCCCAACAGAUGGGACUCUUUCUAAAUCCGUAAAAGAAAUCCUAGAUAACCUCCCCAAAAGCAUCAAUUCAGUGCUUCUCCCUCCGGCAAACCUCGGUGACCUCCACGACACGAGGCCCUUGACGCGCAUCUGUCAAACGAAUGCCCGGUCCCUCCCUUCUCUCCGUGAGGUGUUCAAGGUGUUAAGCAGCACCACUCGUCUUACUGCUUUGGUUGUUGAUCAGUUCGGCACAGAUGCAUUUGAUGUUGCCAAGGAAUUCAAGGUUUCAGCUUAUAUCUUCUGCCCAAUGGCGGCCAUGGUGUUGUCAUGGUGGCUUCAUUUGCCCAAGCUUGAUGAGAUGUACUCUUGUGAGUAUAGAGACCUGCAAGAGGCAGUAAAAUUGCCUGGUUGUGUUGCACUUCAUGGGAGAGAUUUAUUUAUGUCAAUUCAAGAUAGGAAGAACGAGGACUACACAUGGUUUCUACACCAUUGCAAACGCUUUGGAUUGGCUGAAGGUCUCAUGUUAAAUAGCUUUAUGGAUUUGGAACCAAGUGCUCUGAAUGCAAUCAAGGAAGGUAAAGAUCUUAACAGGUCCCCAGUCUAUACAGUUGGACCACUCGUGCUAAAUGGUUCAAAAGAUGGGGUUGAUGUGCCUGAUUGCUUGAAGUGGUUGGCUGAUCAACCACGUGGGUCUGUUCUGUUCGUUUCAUUUGGAAGUGGCGGAUCCCUUUCACCAGAGCAAUUUACGGAAUUGGCUUUUGGAUUGGAGCUAAGUGAGCAAAGAUUUUUGUGGGUUGUUAGAAGCCCAACUCGGAAGGGAGCUAAUGCCAACUUCUUUAAUGCUCAAAGCAUUGAGGACCCUUUUGCCUUUCUGCCUGAGGGGUUCUUGGAAAGAACAAAAGGGAAGGGUCUUGUGUUGCCGUCAUGGGCUCCUCAAAUCCAAGUGCUUAGCCAUGCUUCAACAGGUGGGUUCUUGACCCAUUGUGGAUGGAACUCAACUUUGGAGAGCAUUGUACAUGGUGUGCCCUUGAUUGCUUGGCCUCUCUAUGCAGAGCAAAGGAUGAAUGCAGUGAUGUUAGUGGAGGACAUGAAGGUGGCCUUGUUGCCUAAAGCGACGGAAGAUGGAUUAGUGGGGCGAGAGGAGAUUGCCGCGGUGGUGAAGUGUCUAAUGGAAGGAGAAGAAGGAAAGAGAAAGAGGAAAAGGAUGAGGGAACUCAAGGAUGCUGCAGCCAAGGCUUUGAGUGAAGAUGGUUCUUCAACACAGUCACUUAUGGAGUUGACACAUAAAUGGAAGACUCAAACUUAACCUUAAUUAGAUGAUGCCUUGGGGAUAUAGAAUCCCUUGAAUGUAUGAUUCUUUUUCUCUUGUUUUUUGGAUUAAAUUAUUUUUCAUCUAAUAAAGAAAAAAUAAUUCUCAAA